GGGAAUGAAUGGGCUGCAGAAGGGCACUGUUUGAAUGUGCUGGGAGUUUUCAUUGUAAUGCUUCCCAGCCAGGGCUGAGGGGUGUCUUUCCCCCUUGGUUUGCUUCAGUGCCUCCAUUCCACAUUUUAUGUAGAAAUGGACAAAGAAAUGGCUGCCCCUUGGAGCCCACGGUUUUGGGGCAGAACGUUUUGAUCUUGGCCCCCAGAGAGUAAAGAAUGACAUCCAAGUCUCGACAGAGAUGGAACCAUCCUUCCAGAACAAGGCGAGAAACUCCAGUAGAUCCAAGCCAGGGGCUGGUGACGUUUGAAGAUGUGGCUGUAUAUUUCACAGAGAGCCAGGGAGCUCUGCUGGGCCCAGAUCAAAGGGCCUUGUACAAGGAAGUCAUGAUAGAGAAUUAUGGGAAUGUGGCCUCUUUGGCUGAAGAACUUGGUUCUUCAUCUGGAAUCACAGUUGCCAAGCCUGAACUCAUCUCCCAGCUGGAACAUGGGGAAGAACCAUGGGUCAGAAUGGAAAACUCAAAUGCCCACUCAGCAGGUGAGUAUAGGAAAAAGCACUCAUGCCUUGUGAGUGGGAAGCAUUUGUCUCAGAAAUCAAGACUUCCUGACCAUCAUCAGCAUGUCCAGUCUAGCAAGAAGCUGCAUCCUGUGAGUCAUCAAAAGAUCUACACAGGAGAAAAACCCUACAAAUGUUUGAAGUGUCAGAAAGGUUUUGUUUAUCAUUCAUACCUUAGGAGGCAUCAGACUAUCCAUGCAGGGGAAAAACCAUUUAAAUGCUUAGAGUGUGGGAAAUGUUUUGCUCAAAAGGCGAAUCUCAUGAUCCACCAGAAAAUCCACACAGGAGAGAAACCCCACAGAUGCUUGAUAUGUCAGCAAUGUUUUCGCCAUAGUUCAAACCUUGUAAAUCAUCAGAGAACCCACACAGGGGAGAAACCAUAUAAGUGUUUGGAGUGUGGAAGUUGUUUUUCUGUCAAGACAAGUCUCAUUGUCCACCAGAGAGUCCACACAGGGGAGAAACCAUACAAAUGCUUGGAAUGUGGAAAACGCUUUGCUCAGAAAUCAAACCUGACAAGCCAUCAGAAAAUCCAUACAACAGAGAAAUUCUGUACUUGCUUGGUGUGUGGGAAGUGUUUUGCUGAUAACAUAUCUUUUGCAGAGCAUCAAAGAGUCCAUACAAGAGAGAGAGCCCAUAAAUGCUUGGAGUGUGGAAUGUGUUUUGCUCAUAAGUUAAAUCUUAAGACCCACCAGAGACUUCACACAGGAAAGAUAUCUUACAGAUGCUUACACUGUCAGCAGUAUUUUGCUUAUAGGUCACAACUGAUGAUACACCAGAGAAUCCACACAAAGGAACAGCCAUAUAAAUGCCUGGAAUGUGGGAAAGGUUUUUCUGUAAAAUCAAGUCUCACAAGUCACCAGAGGACCCACACAGGAGAGAAACCCCAUAGUUGUUUGGAAUGUGGGAAGUGUUUUUCUAAAAAAUCAGGUCUCAUGAGACAUCAGAGAACCCACACAGGGGAGAGACCUCAUAGAUGCUUGCAGUGUGGAAAAUGUUUUACAUGCAAACUGUAUCUUGUCACCCACCAAAAAGUCCACACAGGAGAGAAACCCUACAAAUGUUUAAAAUGUCAGCAGUGUUUUACUCUUCGUUCCAACCUUACAAGGCAUCAAAGAAUCCAUACUGGGGAAAAACCACAUAAAUGCUUGGAAUGUGGGAAAUGUUUUUCUUCUAAAUCAAAUCUUGAGGACCAUCAGAGAGUCCACACAGGGGAGAAACCUUACAAAUGCUUGGUGUGUGGGAAGUGUUUUGCACAUAUGUCAUCUUUUUCAAAGCAUCAGAGAAUUCACACAGGCGAGAAACCCCAUAAAUGCUUGAAAUGUGGGAAGUGUUUUGCUUAUACCUCAUCCUUUAUAAGACACCAGACAACCCAUGUGGAUGGGAAAUCCUUUAAAGUCUUCAAACCUUUCCCCAUACAGUAGGAAAUGACACAUACCGUAACAGCAAAAAGAGUAUACAGGGCAGAGUGACUUUUGAAGAUGUGGCUGUGUAUUUCACAAAGGACCAGGGGGCUCUGCUGAAUGAGGAAGUCAUGAUGGAGAAUUAUGAGAAUGUGGUCGCCUUGGUAGUAGUUCCAGAUCUGUGAAGUUCUCUGCUAGUAUUAUGGGAUUGCCACAAAUGGAAUAAUUCUGAUUUUUGGAGUGUAUAAUUUUCCACAUGACCCCAGAUGGAUCCUGCAAUGCAGUCCACCAUAAUCCCCAAGGCAAGGGAACAUGUACACACUACCCAGGUGAGGUCAGCCUAAUGGGGCCUUUUGGGAACAAUACGCCUAGGACAGGCCCAGCAGGUAGUUUGGGAACUGCUAAAUGGGACAUUAACACCUUCAUUAUCAGGAGGAGGAUGAGCCUGAUGGGCUUAAUCAAGGACCCAUUCCCACCUUGAAUACUGCCAGACCACCCGUAGAUGUGGAAUCACUUUUGCCCAGAGGCUAGAUUUGGCUUCUAUAAGGUCCCUGAAGUCUUUGCUUAGUAUGCUGGUUUGGAGUUCAUGGGGACACUUUGUCACUAUGCUCUCUGAAUUAGUUCUGACCUGGUCCUACACUCAUUGACGGAGUCCCAUCCACCUCAACCAGUUUGGAUCCUGAAGCAAGUCUUGGCUUAUGAAUUAUUGUAAGCCUGAUCUAUCACUUAUACUGGAUGACUCUUUGGCAAUAGGAUAAUUAUUUUGCUGCUACUACAGCUGGAUGUCCAUGCACAUUCUGGUGCCAUCGCUCUCAACACCGCAUGUGAGCACCGUUGUCCUGUGCGCUAUCAACCCUUGUCACCCAGAGGGGGCAUAAUGGCAGAGGUAUCAAUGAGCCAGCAGAAAAUAUGGAGAGGGGUGAACUGGUCCUAUGUGGAGAUAGCUGACCUCAUAGCCAUAUGGAGACAACCCAGUGUGCUGGAACAACUGGAGCAAUCCCACCGGAAUAUUGAGACAUACAAUGAGGUGGCAGAAGCCAUGAGGGCCAAAGGCCAUCAACGCACGGGUGAGGAGUGUCGCAGAAAGUGCAAAGGUCUCAAAGAAAAAUACCACAAAGUGAGAAAGCACAAUCUGCGCAGCGGCCAGAAUGCUUCCACCAUGCCCUUUUAUAAGGAGCUCCACGCGUUCCUUUGUCGGGAUUGCAGCAUACGACCCAGCAGAGUGGGCACCAGUGCCGAAAUUGUUCAGUUCCCAGGCAGCAAGCCAGCCAAAGCCAAAGUUGGGGAGGCCUCCCCGCAGGAAGAUGGCUCCCAGGAGCUUUUCAAGGCCACUCCAGACCAAGAAGCACCCAACUGCACAGCCAGAAUGAACUCAGUGGCCUGCCUGGCCGAGAUCCAAGGGAAGAGAGUGCGGCAGUCAGCGGAGGUGACACUCAAUAGUGCCAUGGAUCGCCUCAUGGAACAGAACUCAGAACAUAUGAGGGGCCUCCUGGCACAUCUGGAGAGGGAGGUAGAGUUCCAGAAGGUGGUGGACGAGAGAUCCCUUCAGCAGCAGGAAUGCCUCAGUGCCACCCUGGAGGCCCAGACUGCUCUGCUGGCCACCCUCGUGGAAGCCAUGAAGUCGGCCCAGGGUGGCAUGGGAGUUGUAGGGCAGGGGACAGAGAGAAGGGACAUCCCUGCAGUACAGGAGCAGGGAGCCACUUUGGAGGUAGACACCCAGGAUCCUCCACCCAAGGAAUCUGUCAGACUCCGAAGCAGACUGGUAGUGGCAGAGCCCCCUUCCCAACCCCAAGUGAGAAGGCGAAGUUCCCGGCGGAGGAGGGCAGCCAGAGGAGGCAGGCGACCCAGCACCCAUCCUCAAUGACAUGGCUGUCACCACCCAGAGCCACCACCAAUGUCACUGCAAGCAUCUUCCCCUGCCACACACUAGCCUAUCCCUAACUAUCCCCAAAAUGCCCACCUCCCUGACCUCUUACACUACUAUGACUCACUAUCCUGCCAUCCCAUGUGCAUGUAUGAAAACUGCGUCAUUUUAAUAAAAAUAAACAAGUUUUAUGCACAAGUAUUUAA